AUGGCGGACACACAGCCACCAGGAGGUUGGCCAUGGGGCAAGAACAAGCAGCAGUCGUCUAAGGGCGAUGAUGCCUCUGAGGCCCCCACCAGCACAGCCCAACAACAACUUCAAGACAAGGGCGUCCAGGAACCAGAAGUUUUGCAAGAGGAGAGCGGCAACGCACAAUCUCAAGUCCAAUCUAAAGUUGGCGACGCCAAGUCGGCUGCCGGCAGUACAGCCAACAAGUCCGUCAGGUACGAAGGCGAUGACGAAGCCGUCAAAGGACCGGGUAGUAACAACAGUUUCAGCAGGAACGCCAAAGAGCCCAGUGUCAUGUCCAAUGGUUAUCACCAGGACGACAUUUCCGAGGAGGCCAACGGCGCAGUCGAGAAUGCGCAGGAGACUGCUGAGUCCAAGAAGGAUGACCUCCCCGAGGACGAAGGCAAGGACUUGACUGAGCCUGCAGAACAAGCUGGCGAGGAGGCCACUGAGAAGGUCGGUGAGACUGGCGAGGAAGCCAAGAACGCCGCACCAUCUCAGACUGGCUCUCGAUUCUCAAACUUUGUGAGCGGUGCCAGCAGGAUUGUUCCCUCUUUCGGUGGUGGCAGCAAGAAGUCUCAAGCGGAGGACGACUCCGAGAUACCGGAGUCCAUCCGCAAGAUUCAGAGCCAAAUCGGCGACACAGGCACCAACCUGACCCUUCCGGAGGGUUCCCAAGCGCAAACCCAGGGAACCGACCUGAAGAGUGGUGCCGAGGAGGGUACCGAGGCUACCACCCAGGAAGGUGACGAGCAAACUCCCGCCGAGACUGAUGUGGAGGCAACCACGGAGCAGGCCACCACGACGGCAAAGCCUGAGGACAGCCAACUCGAAACUGAGGGUGACGAGUUGGACGACUCGGAGCUGCGACCUGAGGACUCUGUAACCUACGCCGCUGACAAUAGCCAAAAAGUACCAGGCGAAGAGGAAACUGAGGGAGAGUCCCAAGCCCAGGGCACACUGAAGUCACUCCCGGAGGGCACCCAGCUCCCCGAAGGAUUCACAGAAUCUCAAGUCGACCUGAGCGAUCUCCCCGAGGGUACUCAACUCCCAGACGGUACCCAAAUCUCGGGAUCCCAACUCCAAGAUGGCACCUUCGCAGGCACACUGAAGUCACUCCCGGAGGGCACUCAGCUCCCCGAAGGAUUCACAGAAUCUCAAGUCGACCUGAACGACCUUCCUGAGGGUACCCAACUCCCAGAUGGUACCCAAAUCUCGGGAUCCCAACUCCAAGAUGGUACCCUGGGUACCCAAAUUGAGGGUACCGAAGCCGGAACUCAGGCCGAGGGCACUCAGGCUGAGGGGACUCAGGCUGAGGGCACCCAAGCUCCCGGCUCCGAGGCCCAGAUUCCUGAUGAUCAGCAGACGGAAUACACAUACGCCAGCGGUUACCCAACAGCUACCGUGCAGCCCGAGGCCGAAAUUGACUACUCUAUCCUCAAGGAUGCUAAAGUCAACAAACUGGGUAACGUUGUUAACGAGAAGGGCCAGGCCAUUGGCCGUAUCACCCAGGGUAUUAUGGCUCACCUGAUCGGCCGCAAGGUUGAUGAGAACGGUAUCAUCUGGAACGACAGCGGCAAGGAAAUCGGCCGCGCAGAGCCUAUCCCCGAUAAUGAGCUGCAAGAACUGAUGGAGUCCAAGCCCUUCGAGUCAUUCGAGGGUAACACCAUUGACGCCAAGGGCAAGGUCAUGUGGGAAGGCCAGCAAGUUGGCCAGGUCAUCGAGGGUGACUUGAAGGUUCUCCAGGGCAAGACUGUCGAUCCCGAUGGUGAAAUCCUCGACAAGGCCGGCAAUGUCAUCGGCAAGGCCGAGCGCUGGGAAGAGGAGGAGGAGCCUGAGCCCGAGCCUGAGGCUGAGGUCGACAAGUCCAUCCUUGCCGGCAAGCGUGUCAACAAGGCUGGCAACGUUGUCGACUCCGCCGGCGUCAUCUUCGGCCGUGUUGUCGAUGGUGAUGUUUCCAAGAUGGUCGGUCGCAUGUGCAACAAGCUUGGCGAGAUUCUGAGCGAAUCUGGUGACGUUAUUGGCCAUGCCGAGCUUGUGACUGAGGGUGAGCGCGAAGGUUCCAAGGAAGGUAUCUUCGCCGAACUCCAGGGCCUGACCGUCAACAAGGAGGGUCACGUCGUCACACCUGGCGGAGACAUCGUCGGCCGUCUUAUCGAGGGUGAUCCCAAGAAGCUCGCCGGUCGUGUUGUUGACCAGGAUGGAGACAUCCUCGACAGCAAUGGCAACGUGCUCGGCAAGGCUGAGCGCUGGGAGCCUGAAGAGGUCGAGAAGAAGAAGGGCGCCUUGGCUGGCCUGCACGUCAACCAAGAGGGUAAUGUUGUCGACACUAAUGGCAACAUCGUCGCCAAGCUUACAAGUGGUGACCCGCUUGUCUGCGCAGGCCUGGAGAUUGACGACGACGGAGAUGUUGUCAACAGCAAGGGCCAGGCAGUCGGCCAUGUCAACCUACUCUCUGAGAUUCCUCAGGAGGAGGAGGUUGGAGAGACCGAAGAGGAGAAGGAGGAGCGUCUUCAGAGAGAGCAGGACAAGAAGCUCGCCAUUCAAAUGGCUGCGUGCCUCGAGAACUGCCUCGACAAGAUCAAGCCCAUCUGCAAGAUGAUCACCACCAAGAUCGAGGCCAUGGAGCGCAAGCCCGAGGACGAGCGUGACGAAGAGGCGUUGGUCAAGGAGGUCCGUCCCCUCAUCGAGGAGGGUAGCAACAUCCUUCGCGAGGCACAUGGUGUUAUCCGGGGCAUCGACCCCGACAGACACAUCCAGGCCAACGCCAAGCACAAGUCUGGCACCCGCGAGGCCACACCCGAGGAGUUCCACCUUGCUGAGGUCAUCAAGGAGCUCACCGGCACCGUUACCGAGACUAUUGAGGGCGCCAAGCGCAAGCUCGAGGACAUGCCUCACGCCAAGAAGGAGCUCAACCCCCUGUGGGGUCUCCUGGGCGAGCCUCUCUUCCAGAUCAUUGCCGCUGUCGGCCUCCUGCUCACAGGUGUUCUCGGCAUCGUAGGUCGCCUACUCAGCGGUCUCGGCCUCGGCGGCGUCGUCGACGGUUUGCUGGGCACGCUCGGCCUGAACAGGCUGCUCGACGGUCUUGGCCUUGGCUCAGUGGUUGGUGCCCUGACCGGCAAGGACAAGAAGAAGAAGUAA